AUGAAUGCGGUGGAGGAGAUACAAGACUUACUGACCUGUAGUCGCCAAAUCAAAAAUAAUACCGAUUGGGGCCAUUUGACUGUGGGCGUGUCUAAUGGCUCUGGGGAAUACUCCGUCGCUGGUUCAUCAAAUGGGUUAUUGAGGCUCAUAUGUCACGUUGGGAACCAGAACGAGUGCAAAGCGACUCUUGAUAUGGCAUCAAACUUUGGGGAUCUAAGCAAGUUUGUCAACAUGGACCAUGAAGAGCUCUUGAAGGGAGUGACGACGCCAACUUAUUUCCAAACGAUAACGUGUUUCACGAAGGCUUUUACUGCCUUUGCAAUAGGAAUUCAUCGGCCAUUGACGUACUCUUACAAAUAUCAAGGACGUUGUGCUGAUUCUUUCGGCUCUUCGUCUUCCCAGUGCAACAUUCGCCCCGAUGCUUGA